AACAUUUAUACGAGUUUACUUUAAGAUACGAGUCGUGGGUGUGUUUGUAUGAAUGGUCUUGUAAUAUAUGAUAUGGUCACAUUAUAGAAUAUAAGUGGUAUAGGUAUAUGAUCAUUGUAAUAUCAGCUAUAACGAUAUACGGUCACACGGGGCAACUGGCCAAGUAUGAGUGGGUAGGUAGGUACGUGACCGUUUUAUUUUCUGUAGAAUAUAAAUUACAGGUACCCUACCCGCUACCGCUAUUACCGUUUAUGACUUACGGUACCUAAUGGCUAAUAUUGUGCAUUCAGUCGAUGUUGUUUCUCAAGACGUAAUUACGUAAAGACGAGAACUGUGUUCAAGACGUGUGUAUGCCCUAUGGAGAGAGCGCGAUCUAGCAUUGUCGUUUCUUAGGCGACGGAUUUACGAAGGUCUAGUAUAAGCGGUGAUUUGGAGUCGGAAAUAUGUGGGCGCAGUGGGCGCACCUGUUGGUUAUUGAUAAACGUACGCACGCACGCACGCACAUACCUUGGUACAGGUAUUUUUGCUAAUACAGUGAUUCUUAUAAUAAUAUUAAUAUUAUGCACGAGUAUCGUCGCUUUUCCGGAUAGUGACCGCUGAACAUAUUGUAGGGUCAGAAACUGUAUUAGUAUAUUAUUAUUCCUACUUUCAUUAUCGUUUUGUAAUCAUGUCGCCCGUCAACCUUGUGCUGCCUGUCGUAGUUGUACCUUCAUCCCACCGUUGUCGUUUGUCGAUGUUUUUAGGACAAUGCGAACGGAUACGCUUCCAAAGUUUCAGUCACGAAGGUCUUUAAUACAUAAUACUCCACAUACUAGUCCGUAGUCUGAUCGGUUUCCAAUUGGCUUAUACGCUCGUAGGUAAGUGUUAAAAUAUAGGUACAAAUCGAGUUUUUAAUUUUUACAUAAAUCAUUGUGAUGUUGUUAUGACAUCGGGCAGGAUUUAUGCCAAUUUUCUUUUGUAUGCCCAUUACAAAUGAUGUGCUUUAAGAAGAAUCAUCGGUUGUUCAAUUGAUUUUAUUUAAAAAUUUUGUCUAUCAGGUAGUCCCACAAUAUUGUCAUGACUCCGAUACAUGUGGGAGACGUUAAGAAUUCUGCCACUGAAGGAUUACCUGCAAAAUUUGUUCUAUCUAUGAGAACGCUUUUUGACAUUCUAGAUGACAAAAGGACUGGUUAUGUUAAAUUUUCUGGUUAUUUUUUUUUCAUUUCUUUUGUACCUAUACCUAUUGAUUAAAUAUAAAAUAUUGUCGUAUGUGUUUUUAUGCUAUAGAAAUUGAAACACGGUGGCAAGACGAUGGCACAAAAGGUUUACCAAAAGGAGUACUCGACAGUCUUCGAAAAGUAACACCACCAAAUGGUUUACUGUCUUUUGACCGCUUUUGUACUGGUUUAAAAAUGUGCUUACUUCGUAAUCAAAUGGAAAAUGGUCGUCGAGAGAGUGAUUCUGUGCGGCCUCCAUCUGCUCCACUUUUAGAUGUAGACAUAAAACCUAAUGUACAAUGGACAAAUGGAAACAUGGCUGCCAUAAGACCGACUCAACAAAGAACACUAAGUAUGCCACAAUUAGCUUUAGAACGCAAUAAUAAAGAAGUACAUCAGUUAUCACAAAAAUCUACAUCAUCGUCUCUUUUUGGACCCCCAAAACCGCCUAGAACUGCAGCUGGUCUAGAACGUGGCUUACAGCUUGCAUCUGGUGAACGAAUUAUAGAUAAGGCAGAAAUACGAACAGCUUUGCAAAAUUGGCAACUUGGAGUAUUGUUAAAUGAUCAAAGCAGUUCUAGAAGUGAAAAACAAUCAAGUAAUUAAAAAUUUAACCCAAGUAACUAAAUCUUAACUGGCAUUAAUAUAUUUUUGUUUUAGGUGAACAAACUUAUAAAAGAAUUAACCAACGACGGAGAGAGCCAAGACGCCAUACUCUUCAGAGCGGUAUUGAUUAUAAUAUGGUAAAUAUACACAUACCUAAUACUGAAAUAAUAAUAAAACAGUUCUAUAUAUACAUGUUUUUUAUUCAGCUGAAAAGAAUAAAACAAAUUGAACAGGAAAAAGAAGUUCUUAUGCAUGGUCUUCAAGCUGUUGAAAGGGCAAGAGACUGGUACCACAAACAGAUUGCCGCUGUACAAGAAAAAAUGAAAUACCUCGGAAGAACAAAUUCACAUACUGUAAGAUGAAAAAAAUAAAAAUUACGCACUUGUAAUAUUUAUUUUAUAAUUUUAAUUAAAGCAAGACCAGUGGACCGAAGCACAACAGGAACGUAUUGAGUUACAGCGGGCUAGAGUCUUGGAAGUUAACAGACACCUAUCUGCAUUAACAGAUGGUGGCGAACGAUGGGGUGGUCUACCGUUGCACAUGAACUUAGCUGUACAUUCAGCAAAUAAUUCUGGAACGAUGUUACAUCAAAAUCCUCAAGUAAUGGCCACACUAAAACAUCGCAACCAUAUACUCACUGAGGUUGGGUUUUAUUUAAUUUUCAUUUAUAUCAGACUAUUUUUUUUUUAUAUGUUGCUUUUAUUUUUUUUUUACAGGAGUUGGGACAAAAAAGUGAAAGAAUAUCAACAUUAGAAAGAGAAAAGGCAACUCUUAUUAGAGAAUUAUUUCAAACACGAACCCAGAUGGGACGUAAACGAUUGGAUAGUAAACCUGAUGGUCAGUCGUACAUACCUUAAAAUCGGAAUCUGUUACCAAGUGCAACACUUUAUUGCACUGCAUUGUAAAAAAAAAAGUGGUGCUUAAAUGAAACACAAGUAAGAAAAUAAUACCAUUAUUUUCAUGCUCAAUUUAACUUUACACAUUAAAUAGUUACUGAUACUAAUCUUACGAUAUUGUAAAAUGCUAUAGUAAUAAAUAUUACUGCCAGCCAUACCUCAAUUUUCAUAGUAUUAGGAAUAAUUCUUAAUUUGUGUAAGUAAAUAAAACCUUUGUGAUUAAUGCAAUAAAGUUUUUAAUAAAAUAUUGCUUGACUUACAACAUGCAUUAUGAUGAAAAAAAUUAAAUUUGAUACACUGGUUCAUCAAAACAAACAUUGUUUACAUUUUUCUUAAAAUUGUACAUUAAUUAUAAUAAAAAGUAUUGUUUUUUGUUAUAUAAGUAUAUUUAUAACAUAGCUAGAAGUAAAUAAUUUAAUAAAAAACUGUUAUCAAUUGUAAUACUGCCAUAACAUAAAUUGUCAUUUGCACAAUAAUAAGAAAGAAAUUAUUAGUAGUUCCAGGUAUUGCAUUUUUGAUGUUUUAUUAUACAAUGUCCGUCCACCACGUCUCUGUGAUGCUAAUAUUAUUCUGAUUAUAUACUAGAAUUUGUUUAUUGUUGCUACAUUUUUAAUAUUUUAUACAAAAUUAAAUUAUCUAGAAUUUGUUAAAAUUAUUAUGUGCCAUACAUAUGCGUAUUAUAUUUAGUAUAAUCCAUAAACAUAAUAUGCCUAUGGUAUAACUUGAUGUAAAGUAUAUAGUAUUUUUUUGGGGAUAUGGCAAUUAUUAUGUGUUAUUAUUUAAUAAAU